AUGUCUGACGUCAACCAGAACAGCUCCUUUAAUAAUCAAAGCUCAGAUUAUGGAAAUGUCUACAGGCCACAGACAGUGUUCAGCGUCUUGACAUUCACCCUUCUGGCCAUGCUUGUAGUAGCCACAUUUUUCUGGAACAUGCUUGUCCUGGUCACGAUUCUCCGUGUCAGAACAUUUCACAGAGUGCCCCACAACCUUGUAGCCUCCAUGGCCAUAUCUGACGUCAUGGUGGCAGCUUUGGUGAUGCCUCUCAGUCUGGUCCACGAGCUGAACGGCCGCCAGUGGAAGCUGGGCCGCGUUCUCUGUCAAGUCUGGAUAUCGUUUGACGUCCUGUGCUGUACAGCUAGCAUUUGGAACGUGACCGCAAUAGCCCUCGACCGUUACUGGUCCAUAACUCGCCACCUGGAGUACACUCUGAAGACCCGGAAGAAGAUCUCCAAUGUGAUGAUUGGCUUAACCUGGCUGCUUUCGUCUGUUAUUUCCCUCUCGCCUCUGUUUGGCUGGGGUGAGACGUAUUCGGAGGAGAACAUGGAGUGCCAGGUGAGCCAGGAGCCGUCUUACACCAUCUUUUCCACAUUCGGGGCCUUCUAUCUGCCUCUCUGUGUUGUUCUGUUUGUCUACUGGAAGAUUUACAAAGCUGCUAAGUUCCGUAUUGGAUCAAAGAGGACCAACACCAUCACUCCAGUUGCAGAGGCUGGAGAGGUAAAAGAAGCCUCCAGGCAACAGCCUCAGAUGGUCUUCACAGUUCGUCAUGCCACGGUGACUUUUCAGACCGACAGCGAGACAUGGCGCGAGCAGAAAGAGAAGCGCGCAGCUCUGAUGGUGGGCAUCCUGAUUGGAGUGUUCGUCCUGUGCUGGAUCCCAUUCUUCCUGACCGAACUCAUCACCCCGCUGUGCUCCUGCCACAUUCCUCCAAUAUGGAAGAGUGUCUUUCUUUGGCUGGGUUACUCCAACUCCUUCUUCAACCCGCUCAUUUACACUGCCUUCAACAAGAACUAUAAUAACGCCUUCAGGAAUCUCUUCUCCCGACAGCGCUGA